CGCGUGCCCCCCUUCCCUUCCUCAUUUUUUUAUCCUCUAAUCUAAUCUUUGAUUGAUUAACUAAUUAACUCAUUUGCGUGAGCCGUGACCUAUCAAAAUCCGGGGAUUUCUCUACGCAAGCUAGCUAGCUAGACGAGACGACGCACAUGCGUGUGAUCUGCCCACUGCCACACCGCAUCAGUCGAUCCACCUAUCCAUCUAUUGUCGUUUAUGAGAUCCAUCUCGAAAAUUUUCUCUUCUCCUUUCUACAACUAUGAUAGUGAUCCAUGAUCUACAGUGCCUAUGACGUCAUGCUUAUGAGAAAUCUGUUUUUGAUUUUUGUUUUUCCUUUGGGAGGUAGUCGGUGCCGGAGCCGGUAGCUGUCGAGGUUAGGGCAUCGCUUUGAGUUUGCAGCUGAGGUUACCUUUGACCCCACCGCAACAGUUGAAGUACAGAUCUGUCUCUUCAAAUUUCGAUCUUUUUCGUCUUUCGACCGCCUUUUUCUUCAACGCCUCCUCUUGGAAACAGGCCGUCGCUUCUUAUCUCAGCUAUUGUAUAUAUAGUUGCAGAGCUACGCGAAACCGAUCCUUCAACUCUACCUAUUUCAUAUUUGAUCUCCCGUACGCUGUCCCAUUCCGAUCGUCUCUUUCCAUUUCACCCUCUCAAUCGGUGUUUAGCAAUAACUCCAAAAAUCUUGAAGCAUGUACAAAGAAGGAACCUCAGGUUUCUGCUUCAACCAUGGCUUCUAUUAUCCUCAAUAUAUUGGUACAGGAUACGAAUCAACUGAGGACUGGGAGGACCAGCAUAAGGUUUUGAGUUUGGAUGGUCAAGAUUUUCAGUUUACUGCUUCAUCAAAUGAAAUUCUACCAUAUGUAUAUUAUGCUCCUGACUAUGGAUAUUCUCAGUCUCUUUACAACCCCUACAAUCCAUGUAUACCUGGUGCCUCUAUGGGAGUGGAUGGCUCAUUUGUGGCACCCCAACAAAGUUACACAUAUCUCCCAUAUGAUAAUCUUGGCACGGCACCUGGAUAUGCAGCCAUGAUUCUUCAGCCCAGACCUGAUAUUACUGCCAAUGGGACAAUAAAUUCAUCUGUUUAUGAUACUGCUGGAUUUGUCUAUAAAGCUAAUGCUCCAGCUGCUAAAAACUCUCAGAAAUCUACUGCCCGUGUAUUUGAAGGAAGUAGAAGCAGUGCUGGAUUUGGCAAGCAAUCCGUGCCAAGUCGACCAUGGUCACCAUACAUACAGGCUAGAAGUUCUCAAGGCACAGAAAACAAAUUAAAUGAGGAGAUUCUUUCUGGUAAUGGUCAAUCAAAGGUUUCUUUGCCCUCGAAAAUUGGAUCAUUUGAUACUGGAUUGAGCAAUCAUGCCCAGGCUUCACCAGCAUAUAAAGCUGUCCGAAAGUUCUAUGGCAGAGUUCCAAAUGAUGCAAAAGUUAGCCAAGAUUCACUGAGUGAACAGAAUCAGGGAUAUGACAUGUACAAACAUACGAACAAGUUUGUGGUUAAAGCCUACACUUCAAGGGCGGGGACUACUGAUGCACAAGGAAACAUCACUAUCUAUAUGGAUCAGUAUAAUAAAGUUGAUUUCCCUCUUGUAUAUACAAAUGCCAAAAAAGCCAAGUUUUUUGUGAUUAAAUCGUAUAGCGAGGAUGAUGUGCACAAGAGUAUCAAAUAUAAUGUGUGGUCAUCCACUCCUAAUGGUAACCGGAAGCUUAAUGCUGCAUAUGAAGAUGCACAGAGGAUAGCUGCAGGAGAUUCACAAGGGUGCCCCAUUUUUCUCAUGUUUUCUGUCAAUUCUAGUGGCCAGUUUUGUGGUGUUGCAGAGAUGACUGGGACUGUGGAUCCACACAAAGACAUGGAUUUCUGGCAGCAGGAUAAAUGGAAUGGUAGCUUUCCCGUGAAGUGGCACAUCAUAAAGGAUGUUCCAAACCCCAAAUUUCGGCACAUCAUACUAGAGAAUAAUGAGAACAAGCCCGUGACUAAUAGCAGAGACACACAAGAGAUAAGCUACAAGAAAGGUUUGGAGAUGCUACACAUAUUCCAGAAUUAUCCCUUUAAGACAUCCUUGAUGGAUGAUUUCAUGUACUAUGAAAGUAGGCAGCGUAUCCUGCACGAAGAGAGAGCCAAGCUACAAAUGAGGAGUUCUUCAGUGCAAAACUGCACUCCUCACUUGGACUCCGCUAGAAAGUGUGGUUUCACUUCUGUUCAAAAUAUUAAAGAUAGCAAGCAGCAUGAAGACAACAAUUUGAGUAGUGUGAGUGCUGCAGUCAAUUCCCCGUCAAAAGGGCAAGUAUCUUUAGAUCCUGUUAGGAGCACAGGAAUGGGAAGGGAUGGUGUUUCCAAAGAGACUGUACCCACUGAUGCAGAUGAACUACAAAUUGGUUUGAUGAAGAUUAACUCAGAAGUCCCUGAGGAACCAUACUUGUUGCCUGCUGCUGAAGAGAGUGAGCUUGUUGAAGUUGUCACCAUAGGGUCUAUGUUGGUGAGAGUUAAUGAAGCCAAAUCUUCUGGCUCCGGGUUGGUGGGAGGUCAAGACUAGAGCCAUGAUGGUGCUGGAUGAGAUAACAUUUCAUUGUACUGGAUAAAGAAAGUUGAUAUUUAUAUUUGUGGUCGGCAACAAUGUACUGCUGUGCUGUGCUGUGCUGUGCUGGUGGGUUUUGAGCCUUUGAGCUACAUACAUGGUGACUGGUGAGUGUUGUUUUGGCCCCUGUUUUUGAGGGACAAGGGUGCGAAGGCAUGUGUUACUUUCUUGUUUGUAUUGGACUACUGUCCUGGUAUGGUAUGGUAUGGUUUGGUUUGGUUUGGUUGGAUU